AUGCGUUUCACCCUCAACAUCUUCAAGAAGAAGGCCCCCUCCGCGGCGAAGGCCGCCCCCGCUCUCCCCUGCGAUGAAAAGGAGGUCGCCGUUGUCAAGACCGUUCCCGUUGUCUCUAUGUCCGACAUCGAGCGUGAGGUGCUCGAGUCUAUCUACAACGCCUACAUUACCCCCGAGGUCCUGAACGUCAAAGCCGACAUGGUCUUCAACGUCCAGGGCUCCUUCAGGCAAGUCAGCAUCGAGAUGAAGAAGGACACCGCUGACCGGAUGUCCAUUAUCGUGACCCCCAAGCGAGCUCAGAUCGCGGCUCCCCGCUCCGUCUUCGUUAAGAACUCUCCCAAGCCUGUCCAGCUCACGGACGGCAGUGUCUACUCCAUCACCGGCGAGAAGCCCUCCGUAGAGUACUCCCAGAACGACAUCACCAUCAAGGGUGCCAAUAGCUCGGACACGACCCUCGUCCAGCAGGCCGUCGACUUCGAGAAGGAGUACCACACGCUCAAGCGCAUCGGCGAGGGAGCCUUCGGCGUCGUCUUCGUCGUCCAGAACAAGGCGACGACGCGGCUCUCCGCGGUGAAGGUGCUCCCCAAGGUACGCUGCGGCGGCGAUGAGGCGGCGCACGAGAUGUUCAUGCGCGAGUUCCGUGCGGCGAGGAUGUACGGCGUGCACCCGUUCUUGAUGACUCUCGAGGCGUCUGGCCAUGAUGACUGGGGUUAUCAGUUGAUGACGACCUACUGCCCGGGUGGCGAUAUGAAGCAUGAGUUGGAGAGGGUUGGUGCUUUCUCUGAGGCUCGCGUUAAGGUUUAUCUUGCGCAGUUGAUGCUGGCCGUUGAGCAUCUCCACAAGCACAAGAUCAUCCACCGGGAUAUCAAGCCUGCGAACAUCCUCAUCGACGUCAAAGGGAAUGCCGUCCUCGCUGACCUAGGGCUUUGUCACAUCUUCCAGAAGCCCACAACCGAGGCUACGUGGAACCCCGUCAUGCGUCAAUCUGAAUUAUCGUCCACAUUCGACUCGUUCGAUGAGAACUUCGAUGAUCCUUCUCGGUACAACUGCUACGACUACGCUGGCACCGACGGGUACACCGCCCCCGAGGUGAUCUCUCAGGCUGGAUACACUUUCGAUGCGGAUAUCUUCUCCUUGGGUGUUACUGCCUUUCAAAUGCGAUGUGGAAGGCUUCCUUGGGCAGGCGAGAAAGAUGGCCACAAGAAUAGGAUGGUAUUGUUCAACCAGGUCUUGCGCGAGCCGGUCGUUUUCGAUGCCCGAGACAAAGUCAGCCCGAACCUUCAGGUUGUCCUGAAGAACAUGACGGAGAAGGAUCCUUUUGAUCGAGCCACUAUUCGUGAUCUCAAGCGCAAGCCCUUCUUCAGGACGAUCAAUUGGGGUAAGCUGGCCAAGGGAAAGGUCAGAGCCCCUGUGAUUCCUCCUCAAUGCGGUGACCUUCCGUACGGUGGCGAUCUUGCAGUCGUUUUGCCUCUGGGAAAGCCGUACACUUCCGAUGAAGACCCUUACCCCGAGAUUGCUUAUCGCUCUCCUCUCGUGGAACAGGGUCCCUUUGAAGGUGCUCGCUCUGGUAUCUUCGCGACACUUUUGCGCCGAUCGGAGAAACCCGAGCGCCUGCCCCGCCUAUUGCAAUGGGACCUGAUCGAAGGGUUGACGCCCUCGCAGUGGGAUAUCGAAUAUCGCCGUAAACGCACUCCUGCAUUUUACGACAACGACGACUCCUUCUGUUGA